UAGAAUCGUUCAGAAAACCCUAAGCUGCAGCUGCCUGUGCGCACCUCUUAACUCAGAUCCCCCCGGGCCGUCAUAGCCGGUAGGCGUGCGGCAACAGAACCUGGCUGCACAGCGUCAGCGCAAUUCAGUGCUAUUUCUGACACGACUUUCAGUUAUUUCAGCUGUACAUGCGAAACCUAAUUCUUUCAUCUCUUGCCUCUCCCGCUCUAUGUGAGCCAAAGCAGUGGAUAUAGGAGACAGGAGAUUUGCACACAUCCUGGGCACAGCGAGAGCAGAUACAAGUAUUUUUUUCUGUGGGGGGGAAACAAUACAGCUCCUGUCCUGUUUUCGCAUCGGCCCUACGUUUGGAGUGGAAAGAUACGGGACCUCUGUGCUGUGAAGAGUCGCUCCUGUGCCGUGCAGCAGUGCGCGGAGAGCAGCCACAGACGCACCAAAAGGGCAGGAGGGAUAAAGGAAGGUGGAGGAUAUUUUACGCACAGCAGCACUCAGUAGCCCUGUUUGACACGCGGCCACUUACUGGGAGUCUACUGCUCCGUUAAGGACUCAGCGCAGUCGCUUCGCCUCUUGGUCGGAUUUGCACUUGACUAAGUCCACGAACAGCAGUCGGCCGGGAUGGAUUCCUUCAUCAUAGCGGCUCUAGCUGUGUGCUCUCUUACGGCACCAGCCUAUGGUGACAAAGGGACCAGCAAAGCCCGGAGUUGUUCGGAUAUCAAGGUGUUUUAUAGCGGUAAAGGAUUCACUUUGGAUGGUGUCCCUCAGUCUGAAAUAUCAGGGGAGCACCUGCGCAUCUGUCCCCAGGGUUACACCUGCUGUACAAGUGACAUGGAGGACAACCUGGCCAUGCUGAGCCGCAGGGAGAUGGAGGGAGUACUGAAAGACUCUGGCCGAUCUUUACAGACCUCACUCACUGGACAGUACAAGGCUUUCGAUGGUUACUUCCUGGAGUUGCUGAACCGUUCGGCGAUUAGUCUACAGGAGACUUUCACUCCAACUUGGGGGUCCCUAUACUCCCAGAAUUCCCAGGUCUUCUCCGACCUAUACAUGGAUUUGAGGUACUACUACCGAGGCUCCAAUGUCAAUCUGGAAGAGGUGCUCAACGAAUUCUGGGCUAGGCUGCUGGAGAAGCUCUUCUACCAGGCAAACAAGCAAUAUUCCAUAGGUGAGGACUACCUGGAGUGUGUGUCUAAGCAGAUCGAGACACUACGUCCCUUCGGAGAAACACCCCGCGUAAUGAAGAUGAUCGUCACACGCACAUUUGUCGCAGCACGUUCCUUUGUUCAAGGGCUGGUGGUCAGUGGUGAGGUGGUGCGCAAGGUGUCCCAGGUGCAGCUGAGCCAGGAGUGCAUGCGGGCCAUCAUGAAGAUGACUUAUUGUCCCCACUGCCGCGGCAUGGCCUCUGCCAGACCUUGUGCCAACUACUGCAGCAACGUCAUGAAGGGCUGUCUGGCCAACCAGGCUGACCUCAACACAGAGUGGAGGCAUCUGGCAGAAACAAUGAUACAGGUGGCUGGUCGUUUUGAAGGGCCAUCUGGUGUGGAUAGCGUGGUCCUCUCUCUCCCCUCCCGCAUAUCGGAAGCCAUGUCUACCAUGAUGGAGAAUAUAAAGACCAUCAAUAGCAAGUUGUUCCAGGCAUGUGGCAACCUCAGAGAAGGAGGAACCAGCAGCACGGGAGUUGACGAUAUCAUGAAGAGAGGGAGGGUUACAGUGGAGGACAAGCUGGGAUCCAGCUCUAACAAAAUGGAAAAAUUGGUGUCUGAUGUAACCAUGAGACUGAGGGACAUGCAGCCGCACUGGGUUUCUCUCCCAAGUAUUCUCUGCAGUGAUAGAGUGGCCACUGGAACAGGAGCCGAGGAUAAGUGUUGGAAUGGCAUGAACCGUGCCAGGUACCUUCCUGAGGUCAUGGGUGAUGGGCUAGCCAGUCAGAUCAACAACCCUGAAGUGGAAAUUGACAUCACCAAGCCGGACAUGACAAUACGGCAACAGAUAAUGCAGCUGAAGAUCAUGACUCACCGCCUGAAGAAUGCUCUCAACGGCCAGGAUGUGGACUUUCAGGACACCAGUGAUGAUGCCAGCGGCUCCGGAAGUGGCAUGUGUGCCGACGAUAUGUGUUCCCGGGGCCCACGCCGUGUUGCCCCCGUCACUGACCGAACCACACUCUACGCUUACCCUCCAGAAAACAAGAAGGUGAAAGCCUCGGCCAACCAGAACCUCCCCUGCAUCACCAUUUACCUGCUUUCACUGCUCACUUUGCUGCUCCGGCGAUAAUUGACGGGGGAAUCUACCAACUGGGACUGAGUUUGGGACACAGGGGUUGGGGAGAGUCGGAAAGGGGAGGAAGGAGGAGCUGGGGCUUAGUUACUUUGCCAAAACUAAAUAAGUAUAAGGAAACAAAAAAAAAUAAAAAAUCACUUGGAUGGACUUCCUUUUGGUUUUGGAUUAGAACAAAAUGGGAUUACGAGUAUUCAUAAAUGUUUCGGUUCUGCUCUUUUCUUUUAUUUCUUGCUAUAUUAUGACGCCAUUAGAGCUGGUCUUUUCGCAUCUUCUAAUGUUUUGUCUCUGGUGUUUGGGUUCUCUGAGAUUAUAUCUUUACCUAAGACAUGUGUAUAUUGUUAACAGUAUCUUGGUGUUGACACCACAGGGAGAGGGAGAAUGGGGCUAUGCAGUGGCGCUCAUUUGUUAUUUCACUCCUUUAAAAUAGCACUUGUGUGAAGUAGCAUUAUUUAUUUAUUAAUAACUCACAAUAGACCCCCGAAGUGGUUUAGUCACUCUCUGACAUUUAUAGAUGAAUAAAGUACACAAACCACAAACUUAAAUAAAAUAAAAUAUUGAUGACUUUAAAGGAGGAUAAUCUGAACAGCAUGACCCACCAGACCUCUUAAUGCAUUAAGCCUCACAAUACCAUUACACUUUCUCACAGCGAGGAUGAGAGCACUCCGCGUCAGCACUUUUUGCCAUUUCGUCAUGUAAGCUGUAAUAAUAACAUGGAUCGGAUUCACGCUGACAUGAUCAUCUGAUGGGGAGAAAUGUGACCCUGUCCCCCACUCCAUCCAUCCACUCAUCCCUACAUUGCACCUACCACCCACCCCACUGAGGCAGAUCUCCCUCUCUCUCCAGACCCUGCUGGCCGUGUAGGAUCAACUCAAGAGUCUGGUGUAAGCAAAAAACACAUGCUAAUCCAGGCAAGGUCUCAGAUGACUGCAGCUUCCCAUUAUAGAGCACUGUAUGUGGAAUGGGGGUGUCAGUUUAAGAUUGCUCUGACAGCAAAGGAUUGAUAGUUCAUGAUUUUGGAAACAUGUAGCAGAACAGAAAUGUACACAGAAGCAGAAACACACUCUGCUGUCAUGUAGCGCUUUUUUUCAGUAUUCUUUUUAUGUAAACAUCAUAGCAAAGCAAAUAAUACAUGCAUCAUUUUGUGUGCUCCCUGCAAAGGCCCAGUGCUCCUGUGAUUAGCUUCAUAAUUGCAACUAGCAGUGUCAUACGUAAUUGUCUAAUUGCAGCAAUGAUCCUUAUCACAGUAAACGCCACACCAUGCACGUCUUUGAAUUGCACCACUAUUUCUAUGGCAGACACAACGGUGUACAUAUUUUUGAUUGCUUCUUUGUUGUUUUCUAGAAAAAAAAAUAGCCAAUUAGGUAUCAAAAUUUUAUAAUGGUCAGAUCAUUGUAUGCUAUAACUCUUAUUUCAUUCAUCAUCUGUCAUAGUGUAUCCGUAUCUGCCUUCCAUGUCCCUGCAACUUUUCUAUAUCAGUGCCUCUUUCUUCCCUCCCUCUACUCCCUCUGCCCUCCUUCCCGCUCAUCAGUUAUAAUGACCUUUAAAACGUUCCUCAUGCUUCUACAUGAUGGCGAGGCAAUAUGACAAUGACACAGUGCUUCAUUAUGUGUCAACCUUACUGGGAAUGUUGUGGGAACACACUGGUGAGGCGUUUCUUGAUGAGAAGCUUGCUGGGGAGGAAACUCAUACCUACAUUUUAAUUCAAAGAAAUGUCAAAGCUCUCAUUUAAGAACGCUGUGUGCAGGAUGAUGGGACAAUGUGUGCGAGUGUGUGUUUGUGUGCGAAUGUGCGUACUUGUCUUUGAUUGAUAGAGCAAAAAAAGGGACAGACGAUAGAGCCUUUAUAAAUCUUGUUUGGAUGGCACCGAAAUGAAAUGUAUAGAAAUGUAUUGGACGAACAUCAUAUGACAGAGUGCUAUUCAACUGACAGCAAUGGAAGGUUAAUAUAGCUCAUUUUUCAAAAAUGGUAUUUUAAACCUACUACUGUAAUAACUCCCAAUCUGUAUUGAUGGUAUCUCUGCUUGGCAGUAUUAUAUGUGACGGAGAAAUUGAAUGUGGAGGACAUGCUUUCAGACCAUCAUUGAUUCAGUUGCACACUGGGACAAUCCACUAUAAUUCAUUUUAUGACAGCUGAUAAUACUGUCGAUCCAAUUAAGUAGUUGAUGGCUCUGUCAAAGUUCAAGAAGCACAUCUGGUAGACACUUGGUUAAUUACAGCUCUGAAAAUGGGUGUGGUUGAUGGCAUAUGUGUAACCUGACAGUUAAUUGAAAUGUUUUUUCUUUUCAUUUUUUUUGACGUUCUUCAUUAAUGUUUGCUGCGCGUAUGUGUGUUUGUGUAUGUGUGGCUAUGUGCGUCUGUCUUUCUGUUAGUCCCUGGUUAAGAAAACUGCCUGUGACUGCCUUUGACACUUUGUCUUGGGUUGGGGUCAACUGAGAUUUAAGAAGAGUGAUAUAAAUGAUAUUAGAUGUUCCAGUCGGGGUAAAAAAACACACAUUUUGAACAAAGAACAAUUAGCAAGGGCACCACGUGGAUCUUCUUUGUGUGAGCCUCUUGAAAAAUCUGAAUAUGAAUGUGAAAGCACACAUUUAGCCCUGUAAAGAAUGAGAAAUGACUCCAACUGUGAUGGUGACAUUCCAAUUCAAAGACGACUUGUAACUCACAACUUCAGUUUCAAUGACUGCCUCACAAUGUCAUCGGCUGAAAUUUGCACACCCCCGCUCCCCCUUCUCCUUCUACACCUUUUGAUCUCAUUAAUUUGUUGCUCAGAGUCCCCCUCCCUUUUAUAAAACCUGCACUUUUAUGAGGCCAAUAAAUGGCAUUGUCUGCACAAAGACAUCACAAGAUGGUCGAUCAAUACGCGAGUCAACACCUUCCAGAAACGACUAUUGAUUGGAGAUGUGUGUAUGCAGAUAGAUAUGGCCCAGCGAGACGUCUCCUGAUCAACUAUGGUGAAACAGUGUAAAUAAAAAAGCCCCUGUGUGUGAGGGAGGCAGGAGGAAGGUGUGUUCAGAGUGCUGGUCUCAGAGCAGUUUGUGCACCUCAGUUCUGCCCUCAUUUCAUUAGGUGGCAUAAAUGCCAAGCUGAUUAUCCCACCGUUUGAAGACAGCUUUAUUCUACACUGAGUUGUAUAUGAGAGGAAUUCUUAAAGGUGCCAAUUUAUGAGGAAAAAGGUACUUUUAAUUUUCUUGUUUUUAUUUACUUUGGUUUUGUUGUUAUCGGAAAUAUAUGGAGAGUUUGUGCUUAUGGUGAAGAUAGAUGACAGAAAGAGGUUGAAAAAUACAAAUGUCUCAUUUGCUGUUGUACCUGAAAUCUUGUGUCAAUUAUAUACAUUGUAAGAUUUUCAACA